GAAGUUGAGAUAUCCUGAAAUAAGUGUGAUAAUUGUUACUCGCGAGACCACAAAAGGAUGUGGUUAUAUAUCAACCUUAAGUGUGAGGAGUCUUAAGUCUUCAGUCAAUACAUUUUAAUGUUGCCAUGGUGUGGCAAGUCCCCAUCCAUCGUAGUCCGAUAGUUUCACUGCGUCAUAAUAUACUCAACAUAUUACAUUAAUUAUUCAACAUUCAAUAGAAUUUGAAAAUGCAAAAGUAUGUAGUUUUGCAAAAUUAUCUUAUUAAGUUAUGACGAGACUGAGAGUGUGUGAUCAAUAACGUUUACUUCUAUCAUUAAUUUGUGCCUUUGUUGUUGUUGUUGUUGUUGUUUUUGUUGUUGUUGUUGUGCCUUGACUUGGUUUGGUGGUAGGUUUGUGUCUUGAUCAGAGAACCUCUCAGUUCUAACCUAUAGCUUGUAAAUGUUCCUCGUAAGCACCAGCAAAAAUAAACAUAAACCUUGAGAAAUUGCAUUAUUGCUUUCUAUUUAUAUCGGGUAUGCUUGCGAUAGUACUAUAGUAUUGGUAUAUUAAAUUUGUUGAAAUAUUACGUAAUCCAGCAUAGUAGCUGGGGAGAGGGGGGUUUGAAAAAAAAAAACCAUUAAAACUGUAAUUUAUACAUAUACAGAAAAAGAUAUAUUUGUUAAGUACUUAGUACUACUAGUAGUAGUACUUAACAAUUAGACUGAGCAGUAGUACCUUAUGCAGGGGGAGAGGCCGGUCUUACUUUUACGAUGCCAAUAAUAAUAGCUGACGUAAUAUGUGAAAUAUAUGAACGAUUCCUUAACGAAACAGAUUGGACGCUUUUACAUUUAGUGUAAUGAAAUAAUUAAAAAUUGGAUUUUCAUCAAUACAAAAAUAUUCAAUUUCUAUAUCCACAUAUCUUGAACCAAAUUCUCAGAUUUAUAGCCGUAAGUGUAUCAUUUUUCACAAACUCGGGAUCGGUUCGUGUCGAAUCAUCAAAUUCCCUAGAAUAUGGCGUAUAUAAUCAAAUUAUGUGUUUAGCGACAAAAUCAGGGAUGGAACAUGAAGAAAUUGAAAAGGUGGAUCUUGCAAAUUGGAUGGAGGAUAUGAAAGAACGGAUUAAAGACAAAAAGUUGAACGAAAUUGUUAUACCAGGAAGCCAUGACUCUGGGACUUACUGUAUCAACAGCAAGUCAAAGCAAACAUACCUCUUACCCAACCUGAAGUUGCACUGCUUGAAGUCUUUACUAGGCAGAUACGGAUCCCGUUAGGCAAAAACGCAAAAGUACUCGAUUGCCGAACAACUAAACAUAGGUGUCCGAUACAUAGACUUGCGAGUGUUCUGGGACAGUGAAACUGAUAUAAAGUAUUUGAUACACGAUUUCGAAGGAGCAGAACUGCUGAAAGAGUUGGCGGAUAUUGCUCAGUUUGUGACUAACCAUCCAGGCGAAAUCGUCAUUCUAGACAUGAACCAUAUCUACAAGUGUGCCGACAUUCAAGUAUUUAGUAUGUUGAAAAAAAUUGAAGAAAUGUUUGGAGAUAAACUGUGUCCACCACCACCUGAAAACGGUAGCGUUACGAAGUAUGCAGAGAUGAUCGAGGCAGGCAAACGUGUCAUUGUAGCCUUUACAGAGAGACCCAACGAAUUCUCUUCCACCUACCAGCCCAGUGAUGUUAGGAGUAACUUUAAAUGGAUAUGGACCAGUGAGACUAACGUGGUGUCACAUUGGGCUAACACUACUAAUGUGGAUAAACUGACGAAGAAGUUGAUAGAAGAAGGACCUCCCAAAUCAUUCCAGUUGCACGUGACGCAAACAAUCCUUACACCACGCACAAAGAAUGUUAUACAUGGACUCUUCUGGCGUCCCCACAACCUCAAGCAGAUGGCACAGAAGUUAAACCGACACCUGCCCAAUUUGUUUGAAUCCGGGGAUUUAAACGUGAACAUCGCGAUUGUUGACUUUCUGACUCCGGAUCUAACUACUGUUCUGGUAAACCAGAACAAGGUAUCAUGUUAAACCGUAAAGACGUUAACAUGGUCAAUUCAUGAUAUGGUAAUUAAUAUGCUUUGCAUGAAUGUGGGUGGAAGUUUAUUUUGAUUUUUCCCGGCUUUUCAAGUGUAUCAGUGAUCAAAAACAUUUCAAAAACUUGUGAUCGGGUAUUUUCCUCUUUAAAGAUUUUGUUUUCAUUUUAUGUAUGGUUUUAGCCCAAGGCAAGAAAGGAACAAAUUAAC